AAAGCGACUCACCGGAAGUCCAGCGAGGCAACACGCACCGUCUCCUCUCUCACCGCCGUCGAAUCGCUCCACUCGUGUUUCUUUGCAUCCAAAUUCAUGGAAACGGAUAUAGAUACCGGAGGCCAUCGCGAUCGUGUCCUUACCGACCAGGACAAAGUCCCGACACUUUCCAAACUUGAUCCAUCUAACAUAAAAAGAGAUCACCGUAAAAAGAGAUCUAAUCAGAAUCAAAGCAAAGAAAAGAAAGAGUCGAAUAUAUUAUUACUUACGAGGUCUUAACCGUUUCCAACGACAUGAUUUUGCCAACAAUAUGAUUAUCGAUGCCGAUUAGUAACCUUCACAAAUUAAAUUUGAUAUCUAUCUAAUCUUUAUUCUUAUUUCGAAAAAUACUUUCUCUGGUUGAUUAUAUAAUAUAAUUUUCUUAAUUAAUCAGUCUGACGAGGAUGAAGUAACAAAUAUUAAUAUUUAUACAAAUCCCUGGAAAAGAAGUGGUUGGGUGUGUUCGUUGCCUAGGCAAAUCCACCGAGCAACGUCAUCGAUCACUCGAAUUUCCCUUUCCGCGAGUGAAACGCGGUGGCACGCCGCGACCGAUUUUCGUGCCGCGUUAUUAAGUGUGCCAGUGGAUCGUAGGGAACGUAGGAGGUUCGACGACACCGUUAUCGUUACUUCGAACGAAUGACAAUGGAACGACGCCUUUCCACGGGAGCGUAUACCGCGUCUCGUUUCAUUCUUUCGGAUCGGAACAAAGCGGAGUGAACAACCGACACCGUUAAUACGACGGAGGUGGCGAAUUCGAAGCCGAGGCGAAAACGAUCCUCGAAUACACAAUCCUCGGGCCUUAAACCGUUACGCCCGCUUAAUAUGCAUUCUUCGUUUCCUCGUCGUUCGAGGGGGAAGCAUGGCGGAACUUGGAGCGUUCCCUCGCUCGUCCCAACGUUACCAUUCGAAAUUCGUUCGCCGCGGGUAUCGUUCGAUCGAAAGAUCGUUCGGCUCUCCAAAAAAAAAAAAAAAAAAAAAUAAGAGAAAAACGCUCGCGCUCGCGCGAGUUGUGUUCGCUCUUCCGACUUGUUCCAUUCUUUUUUCGUGCGAUGAUCGCGCAUCGUGCAAGAGAUUUCUCCCCCGUCCUUGCACUUCUGUUGCCACUGAUCCUUGUCGCGAACGGGCACGGAUUCGGGAACGGGACCGUGAUACCUGAAAACCAAGUUGACGUUAAUCUGUCCAACGUUUCAUCGUCUGUUAUCAAUCACAAGGAGGACAAGAUGGAAGCUCGUUCCGACGGAGACUCGUCCAUUAAUAGAAGCGUUGAAAGAAAAAAUGGCGGUCCUUUCAGUUACCGCAGGGACAGUUACCUGGAGGCUUUAAGGCAUUCUCGCACCAGCACCGAUCCCCGUGAGGGGAUCGUCGACGUGGUUGGAACUGGAUCAGGAUCGUUCCAUCGAAGGAAGGAGCAAUCGUUGGGGCCGGUUUACACGAAACGUUCCGAGAUACCCGCUUCCUCCUCCCGAAUCGUUCACGUGGAUCGGGACUCUUUCUCCAUGGUGCCCAGCGACUCUUAUUCCCUGCCUAGUCGCACGUCCGUCGAUUUUAACGCAGUUAAAAAUACUUACGGACCGCCCCAACCUUCUUACGGACCACCUUCUUACGGACCACCUUCCUACGGGCCUCCUUCAUCCUCCAACGAUUAUUCUUCUUACGGGGAGUACGGGGCAAACGGAGGUGGUUACUCGCCGCACCAGCCACAGCAAGGUGAGACACGAGCUUACGGAGCCCCGCACGGGAUGUCCGAGUCGGUGCAGCUCUCCCUCCCGUCCAUCGACUUCUCGUGGCCGUUCGCGCUCAAGUUGAACGCCUUCACCCUGGCCAAGAUCCUUCUCAAGCUGGUCAUCUUUAAGAUGAUCGUCAAGUUCAUCGCUGUUAUCUGCCUGUUGCUGUUCAUUCCGAAACUCGAGAUCAAGAAAGGUGACAAGGGGAAUAAUAUGCAGAACGAAGACGAUGAGGACGAAGGACGUCGAUUUCUGAACGCAAACUCGAUAGUGUGGGACAGAUUGAAUCGCUUAACCUUGGUUGUGCAUGACGCGAUGAAGCAAUACGGAGUCAAUAUGGAUAAACCACGAUCGAGCUCAGAUAAAGAAUGCUCCUCGACGCUUCAGUGCCAAAUACGAAGAGCCUUCGAGGAACACGAUGAAUCCUGGCCGGAUUACGAACAACUGUUGCAGAACUAUAUCAUGGAGGAAACUCGGCUCAUACAAGAGAAGUCUUAACCUGAAAUCGCAAUUUCGUUUCUGGAAAAAUAUUUUUUCUCGAUCCGAUCAUGAAUUCGGUCGUCGAUCGAUUCUUAAGGAUCCUACAGAUCAACUCGAGAUAUUAGCAAUGGUAAUGAAUUCAUUUCACUAUGAAUAUUAUAAAAAUUCCUAGGCACAUUUGUUGUGUGCAUCCUCUCUCGUAAGAAAAUUUAUCACAACAAAAAUUUUAAUUCCAUUCCUCAAUUUUUAAUAACGAUUAAUUUCUCGUUUAAUUUCUCGUUUAAACGAUCCAUUCGUUAAUUAAUAUUCUCGACCAACAGCUUGGAUUCUCUGCGAAUAUUUCUCGUUGAUCUUUUUACGGGAUCCUUUAUCGCGUAUUUAUCCGUUACCUAGGUAAACAAUAAUAUUUACAAU